CGAUCAGCUAUUUUCGCCUAAACCCAAUAUUCACCAUGGUAAGCAGACCAGAUCGUCGUGAUGAUAAUUCGCAAUUGAGAGCAUUUUCUGCUUCCCAAAACAUUUUAAACAGAGCCGACGGUUCUUCCAAGUUUGAAUUUGGAUCUACUUCUGUCAUGUGCUCAGUAUCAGGACCUGUCGAAGUCCAAAUUCGCGACGAAAAAUUAGACGAAGCUACUGUAGAGGUUGUUGUUCGACCCGCCAAAGGCAUUCCUACCACAAAAGAAAAAUUAAUGGAGAGCAUGUUACGUACAGCAUUCGAACCAGUUAUUUUAGGAGGUAUGAUGCCUCGUACACUUGUCCAGAUCGUCGUACAAGUGAUCAAGGACGAUGGCUGCAUUUUAGCAGCUGCUGUCAAUGCAAUCACAAUAGCUUUGUUAGACGCUGGUAUACCUAUGAAACACAUGGCUGCUGCCAUUACCGUCAUGAUUGACCAAGACGACGAAUUAGUUUUAGAUCCUACAGCCGUUGAAUUAGAGAAUGCCAAAUCCGUGCACACUUAUUCUUUUGACAAUUCAAACACAAGACCUUUUGUCUUAUUAUCAGAUUCAGAAGGUGUCUUUAGUGAGGAAGAGUACUUCUCUUGUCACGAUCUUUGUUUUGAGGCCGUAGAAAAGGUGCAUGGAUUUUUAAGAAUCGCAGUCGAGUCCAAAAAGAAUAAGGAACAGCAACAAACGAUUGGACAUUAAAAGAAAAAUAAAGGAUUUAUGGAAUUAUUGUGUGUAUAUAUUAUAUUAAUUAUGCGUUUUACUAUUGUUGUUGUUGUUGCUGUUGUUGUGAUACCUGUUCAUCUUGAACCAAUCUUCCCUUGACCUUUUCAUCAUGUCUUCCUAACGUCCAGACUUGUGCAAAUCGUCGGAACUUUAAGCUCUUUGGAUCCUUGAUAAUAUAGAACUCUCCAUCACACAUGAUACAAAUGACAUUAUCCCGCUUAUAUUUAUUCUCAAAGCAUGUCUUCCACCAACUCUUUUCUGCUUGUGCUUGAGGCUUACGAAAUACAAUCUCAAAGGGUGUCUCAAACUGACCCACGCGUGAAACAU